AUGAACCGUCUCAUCGAGUACGGUAGUGUCGACGAGAUCCCCUAUUACAACUGCAGUGCAAAGUCUCAAAACGAGUGGUUGGCGACUGGAGUGAAACGACCAUGGCUUGGAUAUCCAAUCACGGUUUUUGGAGUUUUUAUUGAGAUCCUCUACCUCCCAAUUCUCUACAUUAUAUUCAAAUCAAAACUCAUCAAAAUGACAUGCUACAAGAUAAUGGUUCUACUCGCCUUCACAGACAUGACAGCCACUGCCUGCAGAGGAUUUGCCAUCGCCACGUGGUGCAUGUCGUGCUCCGUCACCACUUCCCUCUUCCUUAACCGUGUUAUCUCUGUUGCAUUCCACGGAUUAUCCAAUUCCAUCGAGAAGAAACUCGCCUACAUCUGCAUCUUCCUCUGUAUUUUCUAUGGAUUCUAUGUUCUUUUCUUCACUCCAGUUGUCUGUUUCAACUCUGAAUGGCUCAUCUGGCUACCCGAUCCCUUAUCUGAGAUGAAACCAUCGGAGCAGGCAGCCGAAUAUUAUAGAAAUCGAGUUCAAGCAUGGAAUAAUUGGAUUUUUGUGACGUGUAUGUUCGUGUUGUUCACUUUGUAUUUGGGAAUGAUCAACAAGAUUUCAAUGGGCCAGAAGUCGAAAGCGGCUAAGUCGAUCUUCAUUCAAUGCUGCAUAAUCUGUUUCUUCAACACCGUCAUCGCCCUCGUCUACAAUGCUCUCACCCUCAUCACUCCCGAUUACUGGAUGCUCCUUCUCUGUCAAUUCUGUUGGUCUGUCAAUCAUGGAUGUCCUGCUUUGAUCUACAUCACAAUGAAUCAGACAAUCAAACGGGAAUUCAAGAAAAUGAUAUUGGGAAGUGACAAGAGAAUCGGAUCAGUCAGUACUCAUCCAGCAUCACUCACUCAUUUGUCUACGCAUUGA